AACAGCAGGCUUGAGCAUGUCUUCGUGUGCUCCGUUCGGUAUUCUUCCUCCUCCGCCGCGUAUACUAGUCCCUUGGACACACAUCAGUAGCAGCCCCCCGUGUUUUCGUACACGUUUUCAGCAAACGCACCGGGUGAAGUCACGUGAUCCUCGGCGUCCUGCGGCAACCACCUUCCAGUUGGCCCUUCACUCGUAGAAGAUGAUCCACUCCUAGCGCCUUCAUGAGACUCAUUCAGAGGUUCCGAGCGAUGCUUCUCUUGUCUGCGUUAUUCCUCCUUUUCCUCUUCUCCGCUGUACGCAAGGAUGUAGUCUCCGGAGCGGAAGGGGCUCUAAAGCAUUCCUGGCUGCGGCAAACGGGGAUCCGAACUCAAGUGCCAACCUCGCCCAACAUCAACGUAUCUUAUCGGUUCAGGACUUCCAUCCCAGAAAAUGGAGCGUACUGGAACCGGCUCCUGCACUCUGGUCUCAAACGCGCGGACAAGGGCAAGGACCAGCCUUGGCAUCACUGCCGAGAGACCAACCAGGAGCUGAUGGAUACGAAUGUGCACAAUUUGGCUUCAUACCCGCUCCUGCUGCAGAAUUUCCUGCGGGGAAUGAAGUGUCGCUCGCCUCCACUCCUUGUGGACCAGCCCGGCAAGUGCGAAGAGAACGCGACCUUCUUGCUCUUCGCCAUCAAGUCCAUACCAGCCAACUUUGAGCGCCGACAGGCAGUGCGAGACAGCUGGGGACGAGAGCGCCUCCAUGAUGCCGGCCAACGCGUGAGGACUGUGUUCAUGCUGGGAACUGCCUCUCCGGACGACCCGGACCUCAGCGCACUGGUGCAGUUUGAAGCUGAGCGCUACGGCGACAUCGUACAGGCUGACUUCUACGAAUCCCUCUUCAACUUGACCCUCAAGAUGAACGCCUUUCUGCAGUGGACCCUGGAAAGGUGUUCGCGAGUCUCCUUCGUCUUCAGCGGCGAUGACGACGUUGUGGUCAACACUCCGGCGCUGCUGGGGUACCUCCUCUCUCUCGACUCCUCCAAGGCCUCUCGGUUAUACGCCGGACACGUGAUAAAGAAUGCGAGCCCCCUGCGCGACCCCAAGAGCAAGUACUUCAUCCCCAUGAGCUUCUACGAGGGGCCCUACCCGACCUACGUUGGCGGGGCAGGCUUUGUCUUCUCGGGGGCGCUGCUGGCACCUCUCUAUUCCAUCUCGGGCAUUAUUCCCUUCUUCCCCAUCGACGACGUCUACACGGGCAUGUGCUUCAGUGCCCUGGGGGUCUCGCCUGAGGCUCACGCUGGAUUCCAGACUUUUGACAUUCGAGAGAGGGACCGUGAGAACCUGUGUGCCUACAAGAAGUUGAUACUGGUUCACCGUCGGUCCCCCCAGCAGUUGAAAAGAAUCUGGAGGGGCAUCCACAGCCCCCUGCUGACUUGUUGAGGUGGACUGUGUGGUUUAAUAUCAUACUUUCAGCCACAGAAACAUUUCAUUGUUGGAUCAGACCUUGUUCAACAUUGUGACAUAAAAAAAUGCUCCACUCAAGGACCAAGCCA